AUGUCACGACAAAGCAAAAGAAGUCAUUGUGUCAUGCUAUCAUCUGAUUCAGAUCAAUCUGAAAAUGAAAAUCCACGAGCAAGAAAUACUGAGGGUGCUCAUGUUGAGAGUGCUGAUAACGAUAGAUUAAACUUGAACAACACAUCUGCAUCGGAUUUAUUGGAUGACCUCAACGGUUUGAUUCAAGAAGUUGAUGAAAGUCGUCAACAGUCAUCAUCAUCGUCAUCAUCAUCAUCACUAUCACCAUCACCAUCACCAUCAUCAUCAUCAGAUUCAUCAGUACGCGUAUUGAAUGAUGAAACUGAAUCGGCAUCAACUACACCGAUGAGAUCUGUUCCUGGUGAAACAGUUAGUACGCAAAAAACGAUUGAACAAUAUUUUCCUCGAGAAAAUAGUAACUUCGAUGAAAUCGAUACUUUGAAUGAAGAUAGUUUGCGAUUUCGAAUACGUGGCAAAACUAUCUUCCGAAGUUCUAUUCGGCAUUAUGGAACAAGUGGUCGUGUGUUUGAUGCAAUCGUUUGCGACCGAAAUGGUGAAAUCAAGGUGGUUGUUUUCAAUGAUGAUAUCGAUCGAACGCAUCCUCUCAUGGAAUUGAAUCGAAAGGUGGUUAUUGAAAAUGGACAGAUAAAAAAAACGGAUGAACGCUAUCGUACACAUUAUUCGAUUUACGAAAUUCGAGUGGCCGCAACUACUCGAAUCGAACCAUACGAAUCGAAUGGCUUCAAUCCAUUGUUCAAAAUAAUGAAAAAAACAAUUCGUGAUGCUCAACAAUUAGCUCAUAAUGCUUAUGUUGACGUUGAAGGGAAAAUCAUCUUGGAUCGUGGUACAUCUACAACAACAUCUGAAAUCACUCGGGCAGAAAUUCGACGUCGUUGUCUUAAAAUCGAAGAUGAAAGUGGUUCGAUCAAUAUCGUAGUAUGGAAUCAAAAAAUCAAUGAAAUACAAGAUCAGGUCAUCAAUAAAACAAUUCGUGUACGAAAAGGAAAAGUCAAUUAUUUUAAUGAUUCAGUUUCGAUUAACAUAUCCGAUUCAUCAAUCAUCGAAGUUGUUUGA